UGAGCUUGGACAAGAACCUAUUUACCCUCUUCUUCACGCCCCACAAGGAUAACCAGAAUGUCAUCGAUCUCGUCGAUCCGUCAGGAACCAUCCAUUAUCGCAAGCAGAGGUCGCCGGGAGAGCACUACAAAAUCGAGGUGUAUGGUCCCAUGUCAGAGUCUCUAUUAGCAACUGCCUCUGCGCCUUCUGCCGCAAGUAAGGUCAAGACAAUAGAGCUAUGCAAUCCGACCUCUGUCGUUGAGCUCAAACACACGGGAACCCUUUCAUUCCGUUGGUCUUUCAAAUGGGAGGAGCAUGAAUUCGAAUGGAAGCGAGAAGAAUGCUUUAUGAUACGCAAACCAGAUCCUCCCGUAAUCAUCGCCGUCACGAAGGAACCAACCGGUCGACUGAGGACAACAUCCGUUCAGAUUCUGGACUAUAACCUCAAUAGGUUUGACAUCGACGACCGGAAAGGAUUAGAGAUUACAGUCCUUACUGCCCUUCUGACGUUCCAAGACGCGAAUGAGGCGUAUCAUACCCCGGAAGCGAGCACAGCAUCUUCGAGCAACCCGCUUAGCCGAACGACUUCCAGCCCUGCGAAUGUUCCCCCCUCUCCAGCCGGGAAUGCUCCUCCACCACCACCGCCGAAACCUGCCCCUAAAACUGGUAUCGACAGAAUAGCAGAACUGCAAGCAAUCAAAGGGGAAUACAAUGAAAUCAUCGUCAGCGAAGAAGGAACUGUUCAGGACUAUGCAACCUACUGCACGAAAAUGCUCGAGGAUGAUGCUAUGCUGUUCAUAUCAGUGAAAUCCGCAGAAGCUGAGCAAGUCCCAAAGGUCCUCCAGGUCGUGGAAGAAACCAAGCGGAUACGGUAUAAAGCAGGUCUAUCGGAGGAGGAAGAACUGCACCAAUAUGUUUUGUACGACCAACAAGAGCAAAAGAAGGGACCGAGGAUCAUUAACCUUGAUGAUCAGCCAAAGAAUAAAUACGAGCCACCCAAGAACCUUACAGUCCACUUGAGCAAAAUCUCGAUGCCUGAGCUCCAACCCAAAGCUCACGGGAACGACAAAUCGCCCAAAGACUCCAAGAGGAAGGAGGAGAAAAAGGGCGCCUCCUCAAAACCUCAUCGACCAGCACCUGCCCCACCAGCACCCUCUGUGCCCUUAUCGCAAAACGCGCAUUCCUCGUCGUCCAAUUCACGACCACCCAACAAACUCCAGCGUCCAGGCAGAGAUACAUCACCAAAGCACCGUGUACAUGCCCACCAAAUGCAUCCAAACCAGCCAUCGCCCUCGCCUUCGCAAAUCAACAACCCUUCCAUCUAUGCUGCACCACCUCCUGCAAAGCCUGGAAAUCGUCCCUCGAGCUCGAAUAAUGCGAGACCGACGAGCAUGGUAGUACCGUCCUUCCCUCAACCCCAGACGCCAACCUACGGGAGCUCAUCAUACGGAGCUCCCGGGCCAAGCCUUUACGGCUCGCAUGCAAGACAUUCGUCUGCAUCGCAGGCUCCUUAUGCCCAACCCAACCCUCCGCCUCCGCCGCCUCCGACUACGGUACACGCACCGCAGCCGGUCAAUGCGUCGCAGUCGUCGUUCUCUGCGUUGGGCAUGAAGCCAAUCACAACUGCGAAUGUGAUGCAGGGCGCCUCCACGGUGGUCCAUGGCUUGAUGGAUGCGCUGAACAAAAAUCGGAAUAAGCUGACUACGAAGUAAG